AUGAAGAGAUAUGCUCGUCGCGAUGCAGCAUUCCGCGCCAAGAUCGACUUCCUGCGAGGCGUACGUCUUCGAUUUGCUCACGUUGAGCAGUUGAUUGGAUAUUCGCGGGACUCAUCUGACCCGUUCUACGUUGCCCAUGCAGGUCGCGUGGAUGUCGAAGCUUGCAUGACAGGCAUUGCCUCUGAACAGCAGCUGAGAAACGCGGUGAUAUGGACGCAGCAGAUGCAGAGCACAGCAGACUCCCUGCUGGAUUAUAUGAGACAGCUGUAUCGACGAGUCUGGAAUGGAACACUCGGUCUGGAUGGCCGGGGGGAUAUUACUGUGUGCUUGGAGAGGACCAUGUUUGACAUCCGCUACACUGCGUACGUCGAUCAAAGCGACCGGGUCAUCUUUGAUCUCGAGUUCUCCGAAGUCAAGCCAGAGCGGCGCAAAUGCCAGUGGUAUUGGAACAACAACUAUGAUCGAUCCGCUCUCAUUCAGGCGCAACCUACUUGGUCACAUCAAUCCUCUAACGAAGCCCUUCACAACGCACUCGGCUCUACUCCGCUGCAGCUGCUGGAAGCGUUGCUUUCAGCGCGAGACGUUGGAGAGGUCUCCGAUCACCUAUACACCAAACAAGUGCUCGACUGCCGAUUCAUAGGCGCCGGGCCGGUUAUGAACAUCCGUUAUGAUGAUCGGCCAUAUGUCUGUGACCGAGCUCAACUGGGAUCUCGAUAUUUCAUUCCUACCCAUCGCUCUGCUUCGUGGAUCACUAUGAAUGGGCCGGCGCAAAAGGUGGGGAAGGGUACAUAUGUGGAGCUCGCGGAUGGAACUAUCAGGCACACCGUCUGUUUUGACGGCAGUGUAUGCGGCAUAUCGGUUCGCGAGUUCGCAUGGCCGACUGCAGAUACGCCAGCAGCGUGGCUAUGGUUGCUUCAGCAUGCAGCCCAGACAGCCCAUCACCAUGGGAUUCUUGCCACUGACCUUGGCGCAGUGACUGGAUUGCUCAUGUUCCGCCAGACGAAGCUCGUAUUGCCGUCUGGAGGGGCCACAAUACCCUCCACCAUAUAUUUCUUUGAGUACCCUCCUGUUGAAGUCGGGCCAGUGCACGUGGCUUGGGGAUACUGGGCCUGGGAUGAAGAAGGGCAGCACACCUCGACCGUCAAGUCUUGUUACUACGACGGCUGGGUUUGGAAAGUUGUUCUAGAGCUGGGUGAAUUGUCGUUUAAGAUGACGCGUCGAACUCAGUUCGAGUAUGCGAGUCUGUCCAAUGAUCUCGCGCAGCUCAUCCGGGAUUGCGUGCCGGAGGUAACAACGGACUCGUGA